AUGUCCAUGAGAAAUUUAACUGAAAAUGUGAAAUCUGUUUAUAAGCCACCUGUACAUACAGCACAAAGAAAAGAGAAGAAGGAGGUUACUGAUAUUAUGAAACCAACAAGCAUGCUAGAAGUAGCUGAUCAGAGGUCCUUAAUUGAAUUGGUACGACGUAAUAAGAAGAUUGGUUUUCUGUACAUGACAUAUGCUGUACCAAGGUCAUCCAAAUUUUUCACCCCUUACUGCUUGAGAGUGGUUCCAUACAAAAAUAUUGAUAAGCAGAAUUUUCUGACAAUAAGUUCAGAAGGAGUGACUCAAUUUUAUCCUGGUGAUAUGGUAUUUACUAGUCUUCAGCAGUGGGAAUAUGAGUAUGACAGAUAUUGUAACUUGAUAUUAAUAAAAACAUUCUCUAUGUUUCGCAUGUGGAAAGGCUUUUAUGUCUGGAGAAAGAAUGUAAAAUGGAAGAAAAUUCAUGAUGCAAGAAAGUCCCUUAAUGAACUGCUUUUCUUGCUGAAUCCAGCCUUACGUAAAGCAUUACUAGACGUUCAGCUUGCUUGUAAUAAGAUGGUUGAAGUAUAUUUCACUGACUUUAGUAAUAAGGAAAAGAAUAUCUUAUUUGAAUUCAUGAAUGCUCAGGUAAGAUCAUUUCCAUGGCUGUCAUUGGCUCAGUUCAUCAUAAGUUUCACUGCCACUGUUGGAACAAGUAUUGGAAAAUUUACUUCAUUAAUGCAACCGAAUUUUGCAAACCAGUGGGAGCUAUAUGAUGUGGUGAUUCUCUGCCCACAAAGAAGUUUUAAUUUUGGAACUACAGGGGCUACACACUCCUGCAGCCAUUUGGUGAUUAUAUGGUAUGGUACACUCCAUUGCCCAUCUGUGAAAAGAGUUUGGUUUGUAACUGUGGAGAUUAGGUAUGAAGAUGUGGCCCAUUUGUUUGAAUUCAUUAGUUGUAUGAAAAACCUGGUUAUAGUUCGUGAACAGUUACUUGAAUAUAGAGACAUAGUUAAAGAACUUAUUAAUUGUGCUUGUCAUAAAGCACUCCUGUCUGUUGGAUUCACCACAGAUGAUCACAAUUUCCUGAUUCAGCCAACUUCAUCAGCAACAAGUGGAGCAAAACGCAGUGCUAAUUCACAGUUCCAGAUGUCUUACAUGAAGCAGAUCAAUAAGCGACGGUUCUGCACAAGGCUUACAAGUUUCAUACAUUUAAUCGAUUUAAUGAUGGUGGGAAUGUUACAUGUUCUUGUGGUGAGAUCAUUGCUUGACCUCGAUAAAACAUUACAAAUGCACCUACACUUUUUGCCUAAUGAUGAGGCUCUGAAUUCUUUGGCUACAGAUGUUAACAUUGCUCCUCAGAGACCCUCCAGCAUCCCUCAGCAUAUACUACCAAGAAAAUGUACUUCACUAUUAUUAUCCUUCGUUGGUGACAAUUUUGAUAUUGGUACUUUGUUUUGUGAACUAAUGUAUAUGACUUAUAUAGACCAGCAUUUAGGAGAAGAGGCAGAUAAAUGUGUGAUUCCUGCUCGCACCUGCCCAAUAUUUUCGAUUGAAACUUCCAAACCGACUUUGGCUGCUAUUUUUUCAAAUACAUCAAUCCAAAAUUUAGUCUCUACCACAUUAUUUGCCAGUAGCUCGAGAUCAUCUGCAAGUGCUAGGCAGUUAACUUUUUCACGUGUCAAUGAUUUGUUGACAUUCCUUAUUCUAUUCUCCUAUUACUUUCUCCAAUCUGGUGGCAAACCAGCCCCCUUGUCAGCCACCUGGGACACAGCCCAUGGGAUUGUCACUGCAACAUGGCACACCUUGCUGAGGCAGGCAGUUCAACGCCGUGUGAACUUCAUGAGGUGGAAUGUGGUACUUCUUUUUGAUGAUGCCACAGUCACUUGUGGCAGGAACUCAAGAUACAAACUGUACAUUCCUCCUAGAGUCUACAUUGUCAGUAUAGCAAUGCAUACAAAAGUGUCAAUGUAUCAAAUGUGCAUCAGAGUGCACAACAGAUGGACUGAUGUGAUGAAUCUUGCCAAUGUUCACAUUUAUGGACAGUACAGCACAGUUUUUCUAGAAGAACAAGGAAAAACUGCGAGAAGGAAGGAACAUAAGAGAAAGAAACAGACAGGCAAUAGAGAGCAGCUAGAUAAAGAAGGCAGUAAUGAAGGAUGGACAACACAAGGUUUGGAUGGAAGGCAACCACUAGGUGAUAUAAUAAUUUGUAAAGAAAACGUAAUCAUAUUUGAUUAUAUAGAGAUAUUAAUGACAUUAGCAGAACUAAUGAUUUUAAAAUUGAUAUGGUUGUUUUACUUUGAAAGGAAAAUGAGGAUAAUAAAAAAGAAUAAUUCCACAAAAAAUAGCAAACCAAGAAUAGAUGGAUGUAGAAUAUACACUUACUCAUUUAUAUGGGCAGCAUAUGUGAGUGUACAGAAUUUGGGAGAAAGGAAUUCUGCAAUUUUAUCAUUACCAUUAGAGUUGCAAAAUUUUCUGUACCCUUGGCAUGUACUUCUUGAGUGGCAUGUUGUGGACAGAGUUCUUCAGCACAUCUUCUGCUCCAUAAUGCUAUCACCCCUGCACAGCAUGACAAGGAGUGUGGAGGCAGUCAUUGCUCGAGACAGACAUUUGACCAAACUAAGUCAACACUGCAACCCACCAUGUGGAACACUCCCAGUAGUUUGCUCCUUGCUGGACACAGGCAGUAUGUCAAAAAACGUAAAUAAAAUUAGGCCAGAGAAGGAGCUAUGCUUGCUGCUAUAUUGUACAGAGUCAUCACAGAGAACCAUAAAGUUAGAGCAAGCCUUCCCUAGGAAUGGUAACAGACAUGACAAAAAUCAUGGGACAGACAUUAUUCAAAACAGUGAGCUCCACAGUUUGCUUGUAAAAAUACAGACUUGUGAAGACCUUUUCUGCCAAGAUGGAACAGCAUCAAUUUUGCUUAACAUUUCACUGCGGCUUCUGAUCUUUAUUCAUUCUUUGGAGUCCAAAAACCUAAAACAUUUCAGUGGUGCAAUUGAUAAGCAUGUCUUUUCCAUCACGUUUGCAAGCUUUAAUGUAAUGUUUUCGGAUAUUCCUUAUAAACCACAAUGGAUAGCUCAUGGAAGAAAAAUCUUUUAUUUCUGUGAGCUUCACGUACACCUGUUCCCCUCUAUGGACAUCAUGACCAUUGCAGCAAAUCUUCGGAUGCUCAAGAAUAAUCUUCAAGAAGAAGAACACUGCAUCAUCAUCAGCAUUAUUGUACUAAGAGAGAGAAGAGUUCAUAUUGCAGAAGAUUGCAAGCAGUUCCUAUUGUCAUGUCCUGCAUGGUGUUUGUGUAAAAGAAAACAACUUUACCACUCGACAGCUGCUGAUUAUGAUUGGCAGAAAAUGGUACUAGUUCACUUUCAAGUUGAAUCAACAAUAGGGAAAGAUACACUUACUACAUUGAUCCAUAACAAGCUGACGGCCAACUCCAUUCAGAUCACAGAUGAUGUAAGCAUGUCAAAAACGAUAACACGAACCAAUGGCAUAUUGCACGGGGACCCAUUAAGCCCUUCAAUUUGCAAUAUUGCCACAUACGCUGUUGGACACAUAAUAAGAAAUGGAGGACGUCAAAAUCUACGUAAAUGCGGACGACAUGGUCAUUGGAUCAAACUCCAGACUCAAACUGAAAAGAGCAACCAUUCAACUCGAGAAGUGGGCACAGAGGAAUUGUGUAUGAGGCACCCAUCCACCGACAACUCGAAUAAACCCCUCAUGAAAGAGAGAAGAAGAAAAGGGAAUAGCAGUGCAUGGAUACCACCACGAAAUAUGCAAGAACAAGAGUUUCCACGACCCUGGCAGCAAAUGUGUGUGCGUGAAUUGUGCGACCAACUCCGUGACAGCUAUACCAAUAACAUAGUGUUGAAGAAAGAACUUGAGAUUCUCAAGUCUCCACCUCCAAACACUAUUGCAUUCACCUGUCCUUCAUCAAUUACUUGUGCUACUCCAGUCAUUAUCACAUACAUCAUCACAAUGAAUAGCGAUGGUCAAGAUGGCCAUCUGUAUAAUGUAGCAAUAACAAACAGUGCACUUUUCAUUGCAAUAGAAAGUAUUUUACCUGUACAACUUGUAAUUAUAAUCAUUUACAUGCCAUACAGCUUUUAUUAUAACAACGGGCUUUAUCUUCAUUUGAUGAUGCCUCACAUUAUUCUCUAUAUUUUACUUACCACUAUUUCUCACAAGCUACCUCUCUUUAUUAUUAACCUUCUCAUUGAUGAGCACACAUUACUACUUGAUCCUCCUGAGCGUGCCUAUAUUGAGUCUCUAAGUCAGUUGAUGGACUUCUGGGAAGAAACAGUAAUAAAUAUAAACACGUUUCUUCCAGAUCCAUAUUUCAAACCGUUCACUGAGCAAGGAGUGAGUGGCUGUUCUCUUGCACAUAUGGGAUUUACUAAUGACCUUCUGACAUCACAUACAAACAUUCUUCAGGAAAUCCUCUCAUUAUUAUUUGUGUAUAUGAUGAAGGCGUUAAUGCAAGCAACGUCAAUCAUUCAGAAAAACAGGUUAGGUGAUCAAGUUCUGUAUGCUGUGGUCUGUCUUGAAUAUCAUCGAAUACCAAACAAUGCAACAAGAAACGAAAGCACUGUAAACUCAUUGUUGCAUGAAAUAUUGCAAUUCCAAAACCAUUUGUGUCCCAUAAGUCUUCCAGAUUUUGGUAUCCUGCGCCUUCUUAUGUUGCGACUAGGACAACUUUCCAUAUGCUUGCUUUCAUUAUCUGCUGCACGUACUUGUGGUUCCAGUUCCAGGUUGUCUUCAUCCUCUGUUCUUGUGUCACUGCCCAUGAUAUGUGGAAAAGCAGAAGGAAGACUCUGUGGUACAGGACCUGAAAUUGAUGUCAUCCUGAAAGAAGACAAACAUCGUCUUGAUAUUCGCACAAAUAUUAUAUUAAGCAUUCAUAACAAUUUUGAAGCAAUUAAUAAAUAUAUUCAGAGAUUUCAGUUUAUUAGAGAAUUUCACACUGUUAACACAGCAACUGACAUGGAAUCUAUAACUAAUGAAACAGAAUACUUAGCUACAACUUUGAUUAGGGAAAAUCUAACUCCACAAAGUCACAUAGAAAUUUUCACAGCCAAAGACUAUGGUGCUUUAAGAUAUCUACCCUCAUUCUAUUGCCUGUUAUACACUGGAAAAAGCACUGCGGUUUGUGUCCUUGCUUUCUUCUCCAAUAAAGCUUGUAGGUUGCUUCUCAUAAAGCCUCCAUGUCUCUCAGAAACAGUAUUUAAAAUAAACAUGAAAUAUCAUGAGUAUGUGCAGUCAUUUAGUAUCAGUAUUGAAAUGAUAGUUAAUGUUGUUACAUCAGUCACCAUCCGCAUGAAAAUAAAUCAAAGAUUGCAAAAAAUCACUUCAUAUACUCUCUGUUGGUAUGGCUUUGCUGGAUUCCUGAAUGCCUUCCAGAACUUUGUGGAUAAUUGGCUUGAUAUCUCAUGUCAAAAUCUCUGGGGAAAAUUUGUGCUUGUUCUUUCUGACUGUUACCACAUAGUUUCACAUUUGUAUCUAAAACUGUUUUGUCUAACAUGUCAGCAGGCCUUUUCCCCUAAUUUCAACUUUUUGCUGUUAGCACAGACAUUCCAUCUUUCAAAAUGCUGUGUUAAAGUGGUUUUUGUUGUAAUUUGGACACAUAACACAACCAAGAAUGCUCUAUCAGAAGUUCACAGUAUUGUUCUUUCACGGUGCACUCUUGCAUAUGACAAAACACUGCUAAUGCACACUGCUUUCAAGUGUCCAGCGCCUGGUAGUGGCGGUGCCCUGCGGUUGGCAUCUGAGGCAGAGGAGAUGGCUCUGGUAGCAGUACUGGUAGCAGUAUUGGAGAAGGUGCACCAGCUUCAUCCACCAAUGAUGGAGAAUCCCUUACAUGUCUUCUCAGUGACACAGCUACCUCAAGUGAUCCGAGAAUAUCUGCUAUGUGAUCUUGGUGUAAACAUUAUUGACAGAUGUAAUUACAAUAUGGCUUAUGAAAACAUUAUUGACAGAAUAAUGUGCACAUGUCUAGCUUGUAGGCGAAAACAAUCAGAACAACUUAGCAGUCAGCAAAAACCAGAUGCCAAACUUCAGCUAAAGAAGGAUCUGAUCGCUAUAAUGCUUGAAUGUUCACUUCACUCUCAGGAGCUAAUCAUGUCAUGUAUUAGUGAUUCUGUGCAUGAUAGUUCACAAGAACAUGUCAGUUGGCAUUUUCUACCAGGGCCUUUGAGCAAAAAGUGGAUACACAAUAAUUUUAAUAAUCUUAACACUGAGCAUCCACAAAGUCUCUCUGCAGCAGUUACCCUCAUGUGUCUUAUUGUGUGGGGGAUGAUUGGUUGGCAGCGUGUGUUUGGAGGACCAGCAGUGCUGAGUGUAGUGAGAAUGCUUACUAUUGCAACAAGGACAUUUUCAGUGGAAGAGUUCUUCUGUGCUGGAGGAAACUUCAUGGAGCAUUCAUUUAUGGAGAAAUUUAGAAAACUUCUUACAUCCUAUCAUCAACAAAUUGAUGAUAUCAAUAAACUCCAGGAUUCUCAAGAUAUUGGGAUUUUCCAGUUAGUCUUCGAGAGAUUAAAGGGAACUGUAUUGCCAGUUACGACAGCUUUAUUAGGUGCAGUUGAGCUUACGUUACCACGCUCAGAAAGACAUUUUUCUCCAUCAUUUUGCCCACUUGUAGUUGUACACACCUUUAUUGACUUCUUGAAUAGGGAGAACAAAAUAAUAGAACUACUAUACUUAGAUGAGUUACACAUUGAUCUUCAAUGGAAAUGCUGCAAUUAUUCACAAAACAUUAGUUUGUGUGACAUAUGUAAGGAACUAGGUGGGAGUUAUUUAUUCUUGGCUUUGUAUGAACACAGUUUCACAUGGUUCAGUAUCAUUGUGGCUCUCUGGCAGAAUGUACAAUACAACAUUGUUAUUUCAUUAUCUCCAAUUGCAUGGAAGUACACAAAUCUGUCAAUAGAUGGUGGUGAAAGACACACUCUAGAACAUGAUCAGUUUUUUCUGCUGCAAGAUCUUUAUCCCAGCUACAAGAAGAAAGUGGUUGUGGUCAUUUGGUCAUUUCCUUGCAAGCUUGGAGCUGAAAAAGUCAAAGGACAGACUAUACGUACUGAUCUUGGCAUAUUCACUCAAUUUUACAUUGAAACUUUAAAUCCCAAAAUAACUCAUCAUAAUAGUAAAUUAUAUCAUUUCAGUGAUUUAAGUGUGAAGGAUAAUUGUUUCAAAGGAAAGGAGAAUUCAAAUAAAAGAAGGGAAACUCUUGUGGUUCUUUAUCUAAAUAUUGGCGCUUCACUCAAAAUAGAUGUUUUUAAGUCUGUCUGCCGCAAACUACUGUGGUGGAAGCUUCUUCUUUCACACCAGGAAGAAUUGAUAGCUACUUGUGUAAAUGACAAAUUCAGGAGUACUUCAUGGGUCCAAGAACAAUUAACCAGUAUAUCUGAUGUGUCAAGGCUUGAUCCCCUUUUUCAUAAAAUGAAAGAAAGGGCAAGAACUGUUUUAACAUGGGUUAUUGAAACCAAAGAGACUGUAAUGAUUUGUUUUAUUGUGAAGAAGAAAAUUAUCGAAGUUGAUAUGAAAGUACGUAUUCUGAGAGUAAGAAAUCAUUUGAAAAGUAGAGAAGUAGUUCAGUAUCAAUUCCAUAAUCAGCACAAAAUCUUCAGAGAACAAGCAUUUCCUAAACUUAAAUUGUCAGUGAAAAUAAUCAAUUUUGGAAUUGAUGAUCCAAUCAUGUCUUCUGGGUUCUUCAUUUAUUUUCUCAUACAGUGUAGUUUAUACAUUUACAAAACUAAUAUUAGGAUGGCACAUAAAGGAAUAGAUCGUUUGUUAAAGAGAAUGAAGGAAGGGAGAGUAGAUUUUAAUAUACUAUUCAUACCCACUGCUGUAGCCAAAACCAUCUGCCCAGUGGGCACAGGUUCUUCAGGAUCUCAAAGAACUAUUUUUAAAGCCAAUAUGGCUAAUGAAGUACAUAAAAAGAAUCACAUGAAUUGUACUGCUAGAACAAAAAGCAAUAUAUUACUAUCACAAAAUUUUAGAAGACGUAGAAUGCCACAUUCAAAAUGUUUCAGACAUUGUGUUUUCAUUUUGUUUUCGCGUCAGGGAGCUGUUCAAAAAAUUGGCAAAGAAAAGAUAGAUGACCUUAUUACUGAAGCUGGAGAAGCCCAAGCUUUUCUGGAACUCGAACCAAGGACAACAAUACAGUUUGUUGAAUAUCUUACUUUCCUUGACUCAGCUCAGCAUAAGGUUGAUAUGAUGGAAACUCAGAUGGAUUAUUGUAAGGAGCUCUAUGACAUUAUUGAUGAAUUCCAGAUACCAUGUGCACCAGAAGAUCAAGUAAAUUACUUGGGCUUCAGUGUAACUUUAUCAGCACUUCGUAGUGUGGUAGAUGGAAAGCUAACUGAAUAUCCAAAAAUAUUGAGCAAGUUUGAUGACCAGAUAAACAGAGACAUCAGUUCAUUAUUCUCUGAUGUUGGAGAUGUGAAGGAUGAGGUUACGCAACCGUGGUUGAUUGAUGUGAAUUCAAACCCAGAAGAAGUUAAGCUGACACUGAAUAUGCUCAGUGAGCAACUGGCAGAAUUCCAGAAAAAGGCAGCUGAAUACAGAGGAUACCAGAGACAAUUCAAACUGGAAAUAACAAAAUUUGAACUUUUAGAUGAAGUCCUUAAUGAUGUCAAAUUACGUCAACUUCUGUGGGAGAGUGUUGAGAAAUGGGACAAGUUAAUACAAGAGUGGUAUGAAGCUGAUUUCAGCACAUUGGAUCCAGAGGAAAUGAAUGUGACAACAAUGCGCUUUAUUAAGAACAUUCUGCAACUGGAAAAAGGAUUACCAGAAAAUUUGAUCCUUCCUCAGCUGAAAUAUAAUGUGGAACUAAUGAAAGAUAAGAUGGCAGUGGUCACAUAUUUACGUAAUCCAUCAUUAAAACCACGUCAUUGGCUCCAAAUAGAAGGUGUACUGAAGUAUAAAUUUCCUACAGAAGAGCCUAUUACAUUGCGUUUGUUGGAAUGUAUAGGAGUUUUCACAUUUCCAGAUGAACUUCAAGAAAUUUCAGGGCAGGCAAGCUCUGAAUCUGGAUUGGAAUCUUUGCUACAGAAAGUCGAAGAUGCAUGGAAAACAAUUGAAUUUGUUGUCUUGCCUCACAGGGAUAGCAAGGAUGUGUUCAUUCUUGGAGGGCUUGAAGAAAUACAGCAAGUUUUAGAUGAUAGUAAUAUUAAUAUGAGCACAAUAACAAGUUCACGUCAUGUGGGGCCUAUCAAGCCAAGAGUGGAUGAGUGGGCCAGUCAGCUUCAGUUGUUUAGUAAUACUUUGGAUGCAUGGAUGCUAUGCCAACAAGGAUGGAUGUAUUUAGAGUCUAUUUUUUCUGCUCCAGAUAUACAAAGGCAAUUGCCUCAAGAAGACAAAAUGUUUAAUAUUGUUGAUAAAUCAUUUAAGGAUAUAAUGAGAAGGACUGCAGAGAAUCCACUGGCUAUGCAAGCAUGCACAGCUCCAGGCUUACUGGAGACAUUCAAUAGAAAUAAUGUCCUACUUGAUCAAAUUAUGAAAUGUUUGGAGGCUUAUCUGGAAACUAAACGUGUUGCAUUUCCACGAUUUUAUUUCCUUUCCAAUGAUGAACUUCUAGAAAUUUUGGCACAGACGAGAAACCCAUUUGCAGUACAGCCACAUUUAAGGAAAUGUUUUGAUGCUAUUGCAAAACUGGAAUUUGGUGUACACGAGAAGGAGGGAGAAUCUGGUGAAACAGCCGCAACAGUAAUGACUACUGACAUUGUAGCAAUGAUAUCACCAGAAGGAGAGAGAGUAGCUCUUGGACAGGGUUUAUAUGCAAGAGGAAAUGUUGAAGAUUGGUUAGGGAAAGUUGAAGAAUACAUGUUCCUCACUCUUAGAAAGCGAAUGAAAUUUGCUAUUGGUGACCACAACAAUAAUGAAAGAGAAGUUUGGGUGGUUUCCCAUCCAGCACAGAUUAUAUUGACUGUAUCUCUUAUAAUAUGGUGCGAGAAUGUACAUCUCGUAUUUAUGCCAGACAAGAAUAUUAAGCAAGCCCUGUCUGCAUUUGAAAAGAAAUGUUUUCAGGAUUUGAACAGUCUUGCAGCAAUGGUGAGAGGUGACUUAAGUAAACUAAAUCGAAUGAUAAUCUGUUCACUUAUUACAAUAGAUGUUCAUGCAAGAGACAUCAUUACUUCACUAGUGAAACUGAAUGUACAAAACAGCUCUCACUUUGAAUGGUUGAAGCAGCUUCGUUAUUACUGGGAGGAAGAUAUAGACAACUGUGUUGCACGAAUGUCAAGUGCAUGCUAUGUUUAUGGAUACGAGUACCUGGGAGCAUCUCCGCGCUUGGUGAUAACACCUCUUACUGAUAAAUGUUACCUUUGCCUGAUGGGUGCUUUGCAACUAGACUUAGGUGGAGCUCCUGCAGGACCAGCAGGUACAGGGAAAACAGAGACUACAAAAGAUCUUGCUAAGUCAUUGGCUAUACAGUGCGUAGUGUUCAACUGCUCAGAAGGUCUGGAUUAUAAGAUGAUGGGUCGGUUUUUCUCUGGUUUGGCACAGUCUGGUGCAUGGUGCUGCUUUGAUGAAUUCAAUCGAAUUGACAUUGAAGUAUUGUCAGUUAUUGCACAGCAACUAAUUACGAUAAGAAAUGCCAAGGCUGCAAAACUCGCCAGAUUUGUAUUUGAAGGAAGGGAGAUUAAGCUUAUACAAACUUGUGCUGCUUUUAUUACAAUGAACCCAGGAUAUGCUGGCAGGACAGAGUUACCAGACAACUUAAAAGCACUUUUCCGGCCAAUAUCCAUGAUGGUUCCUGACUAUGCUCUUAUUGCAGAAGUAAUCCUUUAUUCUGAAGGUUUUGAGUCAUCCAAGAAUCUUGCAAACAAGAUGGUGCAAAUGUAUAAACUAUGCAGUGAACAACUAUCUCAGCAGGAUCACUAUGACUUUGGGAUGAGGGCUGUAAAAAGUGUGCUGGUUAUGGCUGGUUCUCUGAAGAGGGAGAAUCCUGACAAGAGUGAAGAUGUUGUACUUAUUAGAGCAUUGAGAGACAGUAAUCUUCCAAAAUUCCUCACUGAUGAUGCUACAUUAUUUCAGGGUAUUUUAGGUGAUCUGUUCCCUGGUGUUGAGAUCCCAGAGCAGGAUUAUGGAGUCUUACAAGCUGCUAUAAUAACAGUCAUGGAAGAGAAUGAUUUGCAGCCAGAAUCAUGUAUGAUUGCAAAGGUGAUACAGUUCCACGAGACAAUGAUUGUUCGACAUGGUGUUAUGCUUGUUGGCCCUACAGGUGGUGGAAAGACAACUGUUAUAAAUGUACUGAAAGAUACCCUCACUAGACUACAUGCUGAUGGUGUACCAGGGCCUGUUUAUCGGCCUGUAAUAACAUAUGUAUUAAAUCCCAAAUCUGUAACUUUAGGAGAGCUUUAUGGUGAAGUGAAUUUACUAACAAUGGAAUGGAGAGAUGGCCUCUUAGGAAUCAUGGUUCGCACUGCUGUUCAGUGUGAAGAUGAAAUACAUCAGUGGGUAAUCUGUGAUGGUCCAGUAGAUGCAGUCUGGAUUGAGAAUAUGAAUACUGUCCUAGAUGACAACAAAAUGUUAUGUUUGGCAAACUCAGAACGUAUAAAACUCACACCUUGGGUCCACAUGGUCUUCGAGGUGCAAGAUUUAGCACAGGCCUCCCCUGCUACAGUCAGUCGCUGUGGGAUGGUCUAUAUAGAUCCUGAAGAAUUGCAGUAUAUGCCAUAUGUAAACACUUGGCUGAAGAAUCUUGGUGCACCAAUGCCACCUGAGCUUAAAGAUUAUGUCAGGCAGUUGUAUGAAGGUUAUGUUGACAAAGGACUGACCUUUGUUAAGAAAAACUGCAACCAUGCAAUAGCACAGGUGGAUAUCAGCAAAGCUACUAUGCUUUGUGGGCUGAUGGAGAGUCUAAUUAUGUCACCUGGAAGUAUUGAUAAAACGUCUGAUGCUUCUCGAAUAAAAAAUUUCCUCUGCCAGGCCUAUGUGUUUUCAUAUCUUUGGUCCCUUGGUGGCAACCUCACUGAUGCAUCCCAAGAAAAAUUUGAAAUCUUCGUGAAGGAGCAGUUUGAUGACCAUCCAGAUGCACGUUUGCCAGCUGCGGAUGAUCUGUGGAGUGUGUAUGUAAACAUUCCACAAAAAAGAAUGAGCCUUUGGAGCAGCAUAGUGCCGGCUUUUCAAUUUGAUCGGGAAAUGCCUUUUUUUGAAAUGUUAGUACCAACUACUGAUACUGUCCGUUUUGGUUAUGUAACUGAGAGGUUACUUUCUGUCAAGAGGCAUGUCUUACUCACAGGAGACACAGGUGUUGGGAAAUCUGUCAUUGCUAAAGAGGUUCUGAACAAAUUGUUAGCACAAGGAGAUCAUAUUACUGUGGCACUGAAUUUUUCUGCCCAGACAAGCAGUGGCCGCACACAAGAAAUAUUUGAAGCUAAGUUGGAGCGAAGAAAAAAAACUGUGCUGGGCCCUCCACUUGGCAAAAAACUUGUUUUCUUUGUGGAUGAUGUCAACAUGCCAAAGCUGGACACCUAUGGUGCCCAGCCUCCAAUUGAAUUAUUAAGACAAUAUCUUGACUUUGGUGGGCUGUAUGACAGAGAGAAAUUGUUCUGGAAAGAAAUUCAAGAUGUUGUUAUUAUAGCGGCAUGUGCACCGCCUGGAGGUGGAAGGAAUCCAUUGACUCCUCGAUUUGUGCGCCAUUUUUCUAUGCUGUUUAUUCCUUCACCUUCUGAGUUCACACUGAAAAAUAUUUUCAAGGUAAUACUGCGUGGCUUUCUUAGUGAUUUCACAAACCCAGUGAAAGACUUAGGAGAUAUUAUUGUUAAUUCAGCAGUGGAAAUAUAUAAUCGAAUAUCAGAAGACCUCCUGCCCACACCUGCAAAAUCCCACUAUGUCUUCAAUCUACGCGAUUUAUCAAAGUGUAUACAAGGUGUACUGCAAGCAGAUGCUGGCACUGUGAGGGAAGCUAUUCAGAUGAUGAGGUUGUUCUAUCAUGAAUGCCUGCGAGUUUUUCAUGACCGUUUAAUAAAUAUUGAAGAUAAAAGCUACUUUUAUAAAUUAAUGUAUGAGGUAUGCAAUCGCACCUAUGGAGAUCCUGUCAUUCAGUUGCCUGAAGAGGAAAUAAUUCUUCACCCACCUGUUCUUCUCUUUGGCGAUUUCAUGGUUAUGGGAGCAUCUAAAGAGGACAAAGUAUAUGAAGAAAUAACAGACAUUGAGAAGUUCAAGAAAGUAGCUCAGGACUAUUUAGAAGACUACAACUUAACGACACCCAAAGAAAUGAAACUUAUAUUUUUUAUGGAUGCUCUGGAACACAUAACUCGUCUGGCACGAAUUUUAAGAGCAGAGAGAGGAAAUGGACUGCUGGUGGGUGUAGGAGGAAUGGGUAAGCAAAGCUUGACCCGACUUGCAGCGCAUCUCUGUGGAUACAAGUGUUUUCAGAUUGAGCUGACACGUAACUAUGAUCACGCAUCAUUCCAUGAUGAUCUUCGUUUAUUAUAUUUUAAUGCAGGUGCAUUAAAUCAGGACACAGCCUUUCUCUUUACAGAUUCACAGAUUGUGUCAGAGGAAUUUCUGGAAGAUAUCAACAACAUUUUGAACUCAGGUGAAGUGCCUAACCUUUUUGAAUCUGAUGAGUAUGAAAAAGUUAUCAUUGCAUCAAGAAAUGAUGCAAAGGAGGCAGGUAUUGAUGAAGGAAACAGAGAUGGAAUAUUUGAGUUUUUUAUAAGCAGAGUUAGAAGCAGGCUCCAUUUAGUUUUAUGUAUGAGUCCUGUGGGAGAUGCCUUUAGGCGAAGGUGCCGUAUGUUUCCCUCUUUGGUUAACUGUUGCACAAUUGACUGGUUUGUGGAAUGGCCUCAAGAAGCGCUGUUGUCAGUAGCAAGCACAACACUUGCAGAAGUUGGUAGUGAGGAACUAAUUGAAAAGCUCUCUACAAUGUGUGUCACAAUUCAUGAGAGUGUGGCACAAAUGACUAUACGUUUCUACAACGAAAUGCGGCGGUAUUAUUACACAACUCCAAGUAGCUACUUGGAACUCUUGAAGCUGUACUUGACUAUGCUGCAGAAUAAGACAGACCAGUUACAAAAGAAACAUGACCGUAUUGCUAAUGGCCUACGGAAACUGUAUGAAACAAAUGAAUUAAUCGAUAGAAUGAAGAUUGAAUUGACUGCAAUGGAACCAGAACUGAAGCAGAAAUCAAUAGACGCAGUUGAACUUAUGAAGCAUUUAGUAAAAGAGCAGGCUCAAGCAGAUAAAGUGAGGAAGAUUGUGGUGGCAGAUGAAGCAGUCGUAAAGGUAAAAGCUCAGGAAACUCAGCAGCUAGCAGAUGAAGCACAACGUGAUCUAGAUGCAGCACUGCCAGCAAUGGAAGCAGCUAUGAAGGCUCUGGAAUCACUCAAUAAGAAUGAUAUCAAUGAACUUCGUGUGUUUACUAAGCCACCACAACUAGUCAAAUUUGUUAUGGAAUCUGUAUGUCUUCUUAUGGGUGUGAAAACUGACUGGGCUUCAGCAAAAACCCUGCUUGGAGACACUAACUUCCUGAAGAGGCUUCAAGACUAUGAAAAGGACAAUAUAACAGACAACAUGUUGAAGAAACUGAAACAGUAUGUGGAUCAUCCAGACUUCACCCCUGAGACUGUCGCAGGUGUAUCAAAAGUGUGUAAAUCGAUAUGCAUGUGGGUACGAGCAAUUGAUUGUUAUGCCAAAGCAUAUCGUGUUGUACAGCCAAAGAAAGCAAAGCUGGCAGCAGCAGAACAGGAACUCAAUCAAAUAAUGUCAGUACUGCGUGAGAAACAGCAAGCGUUGGCAGCAGUAGAGAAACAGAUUGCAGACCUAGAAGCAACAUAUGACAGAAGUGUCAAUGAGAAAGCAGAGCUUGAACGAAUGAUGGAACUCACUGCUAACCGUCUGGUUCGUGCUGGCCACCUAACAACUGCUCUUGGAGAUGAGCAGCUGCGAUGGGAGAAAUCUGUUAAGGAUUUAAAAGAAGCACUGAUAACAGUUGUGGGAGAUGUUCUGGUGGCUGCUGCAUGUGUUGCUUACCUUGGGGCAUUUACAAACAAUUAUCGUGUAGAGCUAGUUCAAAAGUGGGUCGAACAUAUCAUGGCUUUGGAGAUUCCUGCAUCUGAGGUUUUCAGUUUAAUCAGUGUUCUGGCAGAUCCAUUUGAAAUAAGACAGUGGAAUGUUUAUGGAUUGCCACGUGAUAAUGUCUCAACAGAAAAUGCAAUAAUGGUCACUAAAGGCAGUAGAUGGCCUCUGAUGAUUGAUCCUCAAGAACAGGCAAGCAGAUGGAUAAGACAAAUGGAAAGUGAAAAUCAAAUAAAAAUUGUGAAACUGACAGAUGCAGGAUUUAUGCGGUCACUUGAAGGUGCUGUUCGAGUUGGUAUGCCUGUAUUACUUGAAGAAUUAGGGGAAACAUUGGAUCCCACUCUUGGACCAAUACUUUUACGCCAGACAUUUGUCCAGGGUGGAAGACUUCUCAUCCAUCUUGGUGAUUCAGAUGUUGAAUAUGAUCCUAAUUUCCGUUUUUAUAUGACAACCAAGCUCUCCAAUCCUCACUACCUUCCUGAAGUGUGCAUACAAGUGACAAUUGUUAAUUUCACUGUUACUCGUUCAGGACUAGAAGAUCAGCUUUUGAGUGAUGUUGUCCGUCUGGAGAGACCUGAUCUGGAGAAACAACGAAAUGAGCUAAUAACUAGGAUUAAUAAUGACAAAACACAACUGCAGAAUAUUGAGGAUAAAAUAUUAAGAAUGUUGUUUACAUCUGAGGGUAACAUUCUUGAUGAUGAGGAGCUAAUUGAAACACUUAAUAAAAGCAAGGAAACUUCUGGAACCAUUGCAGCCAGACUUGUUGAGGCAGAAGCAACUGAACAAAAAAUUUCUGUUGCUAGAGAGAAAUACAGAACUGUGGCUGCUCGUGGUUCUGUUUUAUAUUUUGUUGUUGCACAGUUGGCAGAAAUUGAUCCCAUGUAUCAGUACUCACUACGAUAUUUUAAUCAGGUCUUCAACACAGUGAUUGAAACAAGUGAAAAAUCAGAUAUACUGGAUGUCAGAUUAAUGACACUUCUUGCUGCAAUUACACUUGCAGUGUAUACAAAUGUUUCACGUGGUUUAUUUGAACGACACAAGUUGGUGUUCAGUUUUCUGCUAUGUAUAAAUAUAUUAAAACAUGCUGGUGAGAUAACAGAAGCUCAGUGGGGAUUUCUUUUAAGAGGACCAAUGUCUGCAAAAAAGGACCUUCCAAAGAAGCCUGAUAUCCCGACUCUCUCAGAUGCUAUGUGGAUGGCUGUCAACUUCUUGGAUGAUGCAUUUCCUAGUUUCAAGGGCAUCACAAAUGAUGCGCUAAAAGCCAUACCAGUAAUGAUUGGAACUUUUAAACAGGUAAUAAAUCUUACCAAUGAUUCAGCAGCACCCAUUGUCGAAAGCUGGGAUCAAACUCUUAGCAUGUUUGAGAAGCUAAUGCUUCUAAAAGCACUGAAAGAAGAAAAGCUUGUUUUUGCUAUUACUGCCUUUGUGAGAGAAAAGCAAGGCCAAAGUUUUAUUGAAAGUCCACAAGUCAGUUUACAUGUUCUCUACAAGGAUACCUCAAAUGUUGUGCCUCUCAUAUUUGUUUUGAGCACUGGAUCUGACCCUUUUGGAGCAUUUCAAAGGUUUGCUACAGAGAAAGGAUUCAGAGACAGAAUACUGUCUAUUUCAUUGGGGCAAGGUCAAGGUCCAGUUGCUGAAAAACUUAUUGGUACUGGCACAGCAAACGGAGACUGGGUCUUUUUGCAGAACUGUCACCUUGCAACUUCAUGGAUGUUAUCUAUGGAAAAAAUCAUCAUUGGUUUCUCAGAGAAUCCAGAACAAGUUAAUCCUGAUUUCCGCUUAUUUCUCAGCUCAAUGCCAUCAAAAUCUUUUCCUGUGUCUGUUCUGCAGAACUCUGUAAAGGUUACAAAUGAACCACCAAAAGGUCUUCGUGCAAAUAUAAAAAGGGCAUUCCUUGAACUUACAGAGGAUUUCUUUGAAGAUCACCCACUUGGUCCAGACUGGAGAAAAAUGAUAUUUGGCAUUUGUUUCUUCCAUGGAGUAAUUCAAGAACGUAAGAAGUUUGGUCCACUUGGCUGGAAUAUUACAUAUGAAUUCAAUGACAGUGACAGAGAGUGUGCAUUAAAUACAAUGAAGAUGUUCUGUGCUGAAAACUCAAUUCCUUGGGAUGCUCUUGAAUAUAUAACUGGGGAAAUAACAUACGGAGGCCGUGUUACUGAUUCAUGGGACCUGAGAUGUCUCAAAACAAUACUGAAAGGAUUUUUCUCACCAAAAAUUUUAAAGUCAGGAUAUAUUUAUUCCGCUUCUGGUGUCUACUAUUGCCCUGAAUCGGAAGAUUUUUCGACACUGGAGCAGUACAGAAACUUUAUAGACCAACUUCCAAUUAUAGAGGAACCAGAGAUUUUUGGAAUGCACGAAAAUGCAAAUAUAGCUUUUCAGGUAAAUGAAACACAGACAGUCAUUCUUACAAUUCUUGAUGUCCAACCUCGAGAAUCAAGUGGAGCAGAAGGAAAAUCCAGCGAUGAAAUAAUAUUUGAACUUGCAGAUGCCAUAAGAGGACAAAUCCGGAAGAAGUUGGAUCCAGAUGAAAUUCACCCAUCUCUUCUUGUACGUGAUGAAAAAGGACGAUUGCCUUCUCUAACAACUGUUUUACUGCAAGAGACUGACCGAUUUAAUAAGCUGUGCCAUACCCUGCAUUCUUCACUUGACAAUCUUCAGAAAGCCAUUAAGGGCUUGGUGGUGAUGUCAGAAGCCCUAGAAGAGAUGUUUAUCUCCUGCAUGAAUAACCAGGUGCCAAAAAUGUGGGCAACAGUGGGAUACUUAUCUCUUAAGUCACUUGGAAGCUGGAUACGUGAUCUUGAAACAAGACUUGACUUCAUACAGACAUGGUUAACAAGUGGACAGCCUAUCUCAUUCUGGAUAUCUGGCUUCUUUUUCCCACAAGGUUUUCUGACAGGUACUUUACAGACACAUGCACGAAAAUAUGAACUGCCUAUUGAUCAACUGAAAUUUGAGUUCACAGUACAAAAGGUGGUACUAGAUCAGGAACUGCUGAAGGCAGCACACUAUCAAGCAGAAGGAAAAGAGGUUCCAGAAAUGUAUGAAGGACUAAAAAGACCAAGUGAUGGAGUCCUCGUGCAUGGAAUAUUUCUAGAUGCUUCAAGAUGGGAUCUUCAGACAAUGACACUAUGUGAUCCAAAUCCUGGCGAAAUGAAUCCUCCUCUUCCUGUGACCUUACUGACGCCCGUAACUGCACUUACUUACAAAGGAAUAAGAUAUGUCGCACCACUGUAUAAAACAUCUGAACGUGCUGGGGUGCUUUCAACUACGGGUCACAGUACCAAUUUCGUCAUUGCUUUUUAUCUACCUUCAAAGCAAGAAGAAAGUUACUGGAUUUUGAAAGGUGCAGCUCUGUUAACGCAAAUAACGGACUGAAUAUGCAUACUAG